AUGGCUACGCACGGUGCAGCACCUCCGGCGAUUGCCGCGGCAGGAAUGACGGCGGAUACAGGGUUACUUAGAAGUGAUUCAGGCAUCGGGGAUGCAACGCACAGCACGAGGAUUAAUACUACGUUUAAACAAUAUUGGAUACCGAAUGUUGACGCUAACUUGUUGCCCACCGUCGAGCAGCGUUUUAACACCCUAGACGAAGGAAUCAAAUUCUACAAGACCUACGGACGAGCAGGUGGAUUCCACAUCAGGUACAAUAAUGUUAAGCGAAAUCGUGAUAAUCAAAUCAUUUCCCGUCAUUUAGUAUGUAGCAGACAAGGAGCCAAAGGAGGUGGCCAGAGCAAACCCAUACUAGAAGUUAGUGUCGGCAAUGAUAACAAGAAGCAACGAAGGAGACGGAUUUCUAACAGAGUGGGGUGUCGCGCUAAGCUGGGAUUCAAGAGAGUGAGUACCGGGGAGUUUAUGGUGUCUAUAUUUAUCGAGGAACACAACCAUAGUUUGUGCUCGGAGGGUGCUAAAUUAUUUUUGCGGUGUAACCGGAAGCUUAAUGUGGCCCAACAAGCAUUUUUAGCAAACUGUGUUAAGGUAAACGUUGGUUCUUCAGCCGGGUUUAAGUUAUGUAAGGAGGUGGCCGGUUCGUUUGAGAACGUUGGUGCAACCGAGAUGGAGUUCCACAAUUUUAAGCGGGACUUGCAAAAAUAUGUUGACGUGGUUGACGGUGAACUGAUUAUCGAGCGGUUGAAAACAAAACGUAAACUCUGUGACAGUUUCUUUUUCGAUUACCACCUCAACGAAGAAAAUCGACUUUCACGACUCUUUUGGGCGGACCCUAUCGGUAGGGGUAGUUUUUCUUGUUAUGGUGAUGUGAUCUCGUUUGAUGCCACGUACAGCACGAACAGAUAUAAUUUGGUGUUUGUGCCAUUUACUGGAGUGGACAACCACAAGCGUUCCAUUACUUACGCCGCCGGGUUAAUCACUAGAGAGGAUGUGGAGUCAUAUAGCUGGCUAUUGGAGAGACUCAUCAGUGCAACGACAUGGUCUCCACUAUGUGUUGUCACCGACCAAGACCCAGCUAUGAAGAUUGCUAUAGACCAGGUUAUACCUGAGUGUCGUCACCGCUACUAUAUGUGGCACAUUAUGACAAAGGUUAGUGAAAAAGUUGGGCCUGGAUUAGCACAGAAUGAGGUGUUCCGCAAGAGUUUGAAUGAUAUUGUCUGGAACGAACGAAUCUCCAGCAGCGAUUUCGAAGCACAAUGGCAAUUGCUAAUGGAGAAAUACAACCUGACUGAGCACCGGUGGUUUCGUAAAUUGUUUGUAGAAAGAGAGCAUUGGAUUCCUGCGUUUUUUUCUGAUUUGCCAUUGAGUGGUUUGGUACGCACCACAUCCCGGUCUGAGGCACAGAACAGCGUUUAUGGGAAAUUCACCCGUCCCUGCUCCAGUUUGGUUCAGUUCUACAUUCAAUUUGAGAGUGUCCUUGAAACUCAGCACCAUAAUCAAACGAAAUUAGAUACCAAGUGCGAGGGGUACUUGCCUGAGUUUAAAACUCCUUUGGCAUUAGAGCGGAACGCCGCACAGUUGUUCACACUCGCUAUUUUCUACGAUAUGCAAGAAGAGAUUGAAGCGGCAUGUUUCAAUUGCCAAGUUGUGGGUAUUCGCGAGGUUGGUGGGGACAUUUUUUACGACAUUACAAAUGACUCCCCUGCCAAGUACACCGUACGCUACACGCCGGAUGGGUGUAGUACUUUUUGCAGCUGCAAGAUGUUCCAACGAAUGGGGUUGAUUUGCCGAAAUAUGUUUUUGGUGUUCAAGAGUGCACAACUCAAGCAGUUAUCAGCCCAGUACAUCGUAUUGAAAGAGCUUAGUGUGGAAUUUGCAAGUGACGGUUCAAGCACCGGGACGGCAAAGGGUAACAGUGCUGCGAUCGAGGCGUUAUGUGGGGUACAGCCACCGGCAUUCAUAACUAUUAAAGCACCGGCCCAAGCUAAGAACAAAGGGAGUGGGAAGCGUCUUAAAAGCAGCCGAGAGAUAGCCAUAGAGAACAGUUCCAAAGUUGGCUGA